UUGCGGAGAUCAAAAAUUUUAGUUUGCGUUGUGUUGUGAUGUGAGGAAUAUCUUCCAACAUGGCUGGAACAGGUCCUAAAGUAGCUGAAACCCCAUUAGAAUUAUUAACAAAUAAUGACGCUCUCCAACCUUCUAUUUUUCACAAUGUUUGGGGUUAUUUAGUUGGAGGUUCUCUAAGUUUAGGUGCAACUUUAUAUGCCAAUUAUGGUUCUAAAAGACCAGUGAUGAGCGGUUUACAUAGAAUUGCUGCCUUCACAAUUCUUGGAGCCAUAGCUGGAAAUUACAUGGACAAUUUAAAGAAAGACUAUGACGCAGAAAGAGAUGCUGUUCUUCGUCACUAUGUACAGCUGCAUCCAGAAGAUUUCCCACCAUUUGAAAGAAAAAAAUAUGCUGAAGUUUUUCAACCUUGGGUCCCUAUUCGUUAAUAAGGUAGUAAUAUCCCAAGUUGUAUUAUAUAGUUAAAAAGAAAUUUAGGUUCA